ACCUUUACUUAUGGCGCUCAAGAAAAAGGAAGGCUUCCUGAAUAAAAUACGCAGAGUAGAUUACAGAGAUAUAGUAGUUCAAGCAGUUCAAGCUGCAGUCAGGCACAGAAACUUUAGUUUAAACCCCUCUUCAGAUGGCUUGCAGACGUGACCGCUGUUCCAGCUUAAAUGGUUUUUAUGAGAGCUGUUGAUGUUUCUCAGCUUUGUAAUCCGUUUUAUCAAACUCCAGACGCUUCUAGUCGAUGAUUGGGUACAAUUAUGAAAAUUGAAGAAGCGAAAAUUGGGGUUUAAAAGGACGUUGUUUCAUUAAGGUUACAUUUAGACGAUUUAAGUUUCCAAAGUAAUAAUAAUAAUAAUGAUAAAGAAGAAGAAAAAACAUAGGUCACCAGAAACAGGUCUUCAACUGCUGGAUAAAAUAGCUAUCAGCUUAACACGCAAACUGCCAGCAAGACCUGAAGAGUAUGCUGAGCACAUACCUCAACAGGUUAUGUUCAGAGUUUCGGUUUAAAAUCGGCCAGAAGCGCUGAUUUAUUUAUUUACUAUGUGUGUUACUAUGUGUGUUAACAACGUGUUUUACGCGCAGCACAGAUUUUCUCCUGGGCGAAGACAGCUUUAUCUGUACAAGUUAUUAUACCGUAUCUUACUAAAACUAUGGAAUGAAGUGCAGCACUAUCAUGGGGAUGUGUAGAUGUUGUUGCACUCUGAUCUGCCGCUAAAUUUCGCUUACACGCCUGAAAUUGCAGAUACUAGAAGUAAAACAAACAAGUAUACCAGUUCAACCAAUUAUUUCACUUUUUGGAACACUUAACGUUUAAUGUUUAAGUGGAUCCAAAAUAGAGUUUCAGAGCUCUAAUCUGCAGUCGUGCCUUAAACAGACAUAAACAGACAUAAACAGACAUAAACAGCACACCCAGCGAUAAAGUAAUUAACUGGAAUUACAAUGUUUAUUUUACCGGUCUGUGGGAUAAGUCCCAAGACUAACGGCAGCACUAAUCUCUUGUCUUAUUUGUAUCAAGGUAAAUACGUUUGCAAAAUGUGAGAGCUUGCAGAAUAAAAAAGAAAGAAAUGUUGAAACUUUUACUUGUAAACAUUCUUUACAUGCUUGUUGUUUUUUUAAAAUUUGCAGUAACUGAAAAAAUAUUCACAAAUGUGUAGGUGGAUAUUUCCACAAAUAUACUGAGAACUGCAAACCUGUAAUUAUUACUCAUCGUAAUGAGUAAUAAUUGUAAUUAUUAAAUAUUACUCAUUUUUAUUUCCCUUUUUACUACUUAGAACCACUACUCUGCGAUUACAACCUCCCAAAUAACAAUUGCACACAGUGACUUUUGACUUUGGCAACACUUCUUGCAAGGAAUGUUUUGCAAAACUCGAACUAAUAGCUGCAUUCAUUAAGCGUUUUGUUGUCUUUUUAACGUGUCCUCAGAAGUAGACCAUAAAAAAAAAAAACACGCCACGUUUCAUUAAAAGACCCAUCAGACAUCUGACUAACUGCCAUCAGACUAAAAGGUUUCAGCCCAAACAUGAUUAGAAUAUAAGGACUCAGUCAAAACAGCAUCAGACUGUGCAUGGCCUAGGAGUAAACUAGGUAGUAACAAGGUAAGUAUUGAGUUUUAUCUAAUUUAAUUAUGUAGCAAUACAAAUAUUCCAGUAUUGAAGAACAUGAAAACAUUAAUUUUGGCUGAAUGUUGGCAAAGUUACAUGACAUUGGUGAUGUUAGUACUUAAUGCAGCUCAGGUUCCACUUGCUUUUAAAGCCUGUACUUUAAAAUGUACGCAGUUUAAAGCAACGUUGACUUUAAUGUUACAGAGAUUUUGACAAUUUUAUGGAUAAUUAAUUCUAGUAAUAAUAUUCACAAACAGAAAAAACUGAAAAUUGUAGACAGGUUGGGAAUGCUGCUUGUGUUUUUUUUUCUUUUUUUUUCUUUUUCAGUCCUGAAUAUCGCUUAAAGUUCCAGUACACACAGGAUUCAGGAUUCAAUGCACUAAUGUUAAUGUUAACUCAGCUAUUUUUCUGCCUGUUUGGUGGUGUUGAACCAAACGGAGUUAAACAUUUGUUUUAAUGACCAGGCAGUUCACUCACCUGGCUGAAAGAAAGGUGGUUUAAUGACCAAUGUGCCAACUGGGAUUGCAUCUAAUUUGGUACUCCUAAUAAGACAAACAGUAAGUGUAGAAAUGCUCCUUCUCUUAUGCUAUUUUCUACGAUUGUCUAACCAUUAUCUAAUCAUACCAUUAUCCAUUGUCUAGCAUUUGUUUCUUGUAUAUACAAUACAACUAUAUAUACAGUGUGAAAGACACUUUUUUCUUAGAUGAAGAUAUUAGGUGAUAUGAAAUAGAAAUAAAUGCACGUUGAAUCUUUACUGAAGCUCUGUAUUUGAAACUUCAAUUUUACUGCUGUAAAUUUUUAAUUAAAUAUAUUUAAUUUAGUAAUACAAGAAAUUUAAUAUUGAACAUAUCAUAUUUUCAUUACACAAGUGAGAUGACACUAGUCUCAUGAACAUUAGCUGUUAUUUUCUAGCCUCAAAUAUUUAACUUAAAUAAGAUUAAAAAUUUCUCCUUCAUUUCUGUAAAAAAACGAAGUGUAAAACGUUUCUAGCAGUCUGAUGUCUCACGAUGUUUUCCUCCAUACCAUCUGCUCUCAGUUUGUUGGCACCAAAUAUCUGAACAGGUAAGAAAAGAAUCACUCUGAGGCUAACCGAGAUUUGAAUGGGUACAUGAAGCUGAGGGUCAGGAAUUUUUUAUAGCGAGUGAUCCAAACUAGUACCAUAUGCAGCAGUGACUAACCUCGUGCUGGCGAUGGACAAUCUCAGAUUUUCUCUUGACUGAACUUUGGUCCGUUUUUGCAUCUUUUCCCUUUCAUGUGAUUGUAUUUGUUUCUGCCCAUCGGGGACCCUCAAGUUAACUUUUAUUGAGAGGAAAAAAGUUAGGGUUCAUCCUCCAGCUUUACUGUGCUAAUGUGUUUAUAUUAUCCUAACCAUAGCUCUAUGCACACCAUUAUAUACCAGCUAGCCCGACUUUUGAAAGUCCUACAAAACAUUGCUGCUGUUUAGUUUUCUGUCUUCAUUUAUGUCCCAAAUAAUAGAAGAGAUGUAUGUUUGAGUUUUUCAGAAAUCCCUUAGUUAAAACACGGUAUAUUAUAGAUGGAAAUGUGCGAGCUAACUCUCUGGUAACUUCUGUAUCUCUGUUACACUUCACAAAUGUUAAAAACAUGUUUAGUGUUUUUCUGUCAGUACAGAACGUAAUGUCAUGUGGUUGGUUUUGGGCUAAAGGACUUACAUUAGUUAUGUUAGCUAACUAGUGACAGAAUAGAUACCUCAGAGGAAAAUAACGAAACCAAAACUAAAAAUCAGCACGUCUGCAGGGAAAGUAGGCCAGUGUGUGGAAGGGGAAAAUGUUUAAUGCAAUUGGUGCAGAAGUCAAAGCACAGAAAUAUGUCAUUUUGUGACUUGAGGAGGUGCAGUAGAGCACUCAUAUUCACUGAUUUUAGAAGUUGUAAUCAGAGUUGUGGUUCUAAGCAGUAGUAAAAAUAUAUAUAUAUAUUUAAAUAUAAGUAAAAUUUAAAUAACAAGUAUUUAUGAAAAUAUCAAUGAGAAUAUCAAUGUUUUGAGUUAAGUUUUAACUUAAAAAGUGAAAGAUUCAAAAUAUAAGUUCACAUGUUUUCUACACAUUCUCAGUUCUCUUCAAGCUCUCACGCCAACAUAUUUAACUAUAAAUUUGCUACGGUGUUGCAUUUUACUGAUACAUUUUUUAUGUUCUUUUCACGUUUUUAAUCAGGAUUUUAUCAUCAUCAUCUGACAACAUGUCAGUUUGGUGUAGGCGUCACUCAUAGGGAUCAUUUCGUGUAGAAGAAGAGUGAUAUGAUCUGCAGAAUGCCCUGACUGUAAAAGAGGCCUCGAGCAAAAAGCCCAGCUUAACAGAUUUAACAGAGAACGUUGAUAACAACCCUUGUGAUACCCUUUAUCUACAGUUAGGGUUUUAAAUGUUGUCAAGCCAGCUAAUGCAAAGAAGGCCAAACCAAACCAAAACCAAAGGCAGGGCUGACGAUACUCUGGAAACACAAAGAAUGUUUCUGUCAGGUAAAAAUGUAUUGGUUAGUCUGCACCACAAUACCAGUCGCAAUUCAUUAUUUCCAUAAGGUUCGCUACACUUGCACUGCAACUUCAGUUACUCAACUCCAAGCGCUUUAAUUUUAUCUGCUGAAACAAAUAGUUCUUAUACUUAUGAGUCUGCUGGAAUUAAUUACACCAGCCUGGUUCCUUAAUAAAAAUUUGACAUGUUCCAUCCGUCAGUCCUUUUUUAAAAAAUCCGAUCUAUCAAUUUUAAGUUACUCCAGGGAUAAAAACAAGUUUCCAGCUGAAGCCUAAAUCAGCAGCAGGUGUUAAAACAGCAGACAGAGUGAACAAGAUGAAUGCAGGUGAACUCAACUCUACUGCGAGCUGAUCAGCCGUGAGGAAAACCAUAGCUUGUGCUUUGCUUUAUGUCACAGAAACACAUACAGGUCCAGUCAAAGGGCAGUUUUUAUUUCAAAUUCAUUACAAAUACUUUUAAUCAGUAUAAUUUGCUUUGUUAUCUGAAGAUAAUGUUGACAUUUUAUACAUUUGUAUGAACUAGAAAGCAACAUUUUUUUUUGUCAGUGAGGUCUUUUGUCAAGUAUGACAUACUAGCUGGCAGAAGCAACUACUUGUUGAAAAAGCAGUCAGAAUGGAGUAUGUGAUAUAAAAACAAAGCUUAACCAGUGUAGAAUGGAAACCAGCUAAACUGGAACACGGGUUAUUUUCAGGAACAAUAGAAUCUCUCAGUUAACAAACACACAGAUAUGCACAGAUGUAAAGAGACAUGCUGCCCUCUUGGAGAUUUCAAUAAAACUGCAAGAAUCCUUUAGAAUUAUUAAGAAUCUGUUUUUAGUUUUUUCUUCUUUGUGCUCCACGGGGCCUUAAGUGAAAUAUGUAUUUUCACUUUUAUACUCUGAUCUCUGAUUCAUUCCCAAAAAGAACUCCGUCUUUUCUCCCACUCUAACUCUAGAGUUACAGUGGUUAACUGUAUACUAGCUAAAGUUCAUUGGUUAAACUCAAGGCCUUUACACAACUGACACGAAAAAUCCAUUAAAAUGUUUUUCAGAAUCACCUAUUCUUAAUGCAACCGUUUACACCAACCGAGUAUUUUUACAGGACAAAUUUGCAGCAUUUAUUGUUUUGAACCAAGUUUGAUUUAUCAGGUUUUUUUUCAGAUCUGAAUAAACAGAUCUGGCCACUGAGAUCACUACAUUGGGCAACACUCAUAGCUGACAUCAUGCACUGGUACUGCAUAUACAAUGAUAUGUAAAUAAUUCAAAAAUACUCUUUUUACCUCAGACACACAGAUAGUGGCUUCUCUGCGUCAAUUGGCUCUCUCAAAUGAUUUCUCUGCCUCCUCAGAUCAGGUCCCAACUCUGCUAACAGGAGUUCAAACUGCCCCACUGACAUCCUUUCAUAUGUUUGAAAGCUGUAAUACAGGUUCAACUACUAGAUCAAGCCAUAAUAUUCUCCCUCAUGCUGCUUUCUUAUGAGAAUUGUAUGAACCCAGAAUCUUUGUUUCUUCCUUUUCUUGUUUAGAUGCAUCACAACCAGCUGAUCAUCGCCUUAUGUCAACUUUUCACUUUUCGAGGACGAUUUUUCCACAAAAAUGCAAUAUGAUCAGUGUGCAUACAGGUUACACGAUAACCAGCUCAGAGAGGAACUCUUGCUGCUUGGCUACAAUAUUUUAUAAAGGACGCAGAAAGAUUUCUUUUCUCAUCAUGAACACAUCAAACAUCACUAACGUGACAACAGAAGACAAGGUUUAUGCUGGGAUCUUUAGCUUAAUUAUGGUGAUAGGUCUGCCUCUCAAUGCGAUCUCACUGUGGAUUCUUCUUCGCCGCCACAGCCUCAAAUCACCCAAUGCUGUUUUCAUGGUUAAUCUGGCACUCUCAGACCUGCUGCUGGUCUUCACUUUGCCCUUAAGGAUCCACUUUAACGCCACAGGGGAAUGGACUCUGCCCAAGGGGGUGUGCCUCAUCAUCACAAUGUUCUUUCGCACCAACAUCCGCUCCAGCUCCUCCUUCAUCACCUUCAUCAGCGUGGACCGACUGCUAGCUGUGGUUUAUCCUCUGAGGUCUCGCAAUCUUCGGACCUCGUGCAAUGCCUGGAAGGCUUCUGCACUCGUCUGGGUGAUUUUGCUGGUGAUGAAUAUCGCAGAGAGUGUGGACUUUCUAAAGCAGUUGAACAACCAAACUCACCCUACUUGUUUUGAGUCUUACGAAUCUGAAAAAUGUCCUUUGAAAGGAAUCCGAUUAAGAAUGAUGCAGUUUAUGAUUGUAAUAUUGGUCACAAUGCUGUCAGUCAAUAUUGUGUGCACCAUUAUGGUGUUUAGGGCUCUACACAGACAUCUCAGAGGUGACUCUCCAAAUGUCAACAAAAAGAUGAAUGUAAUGCUGAUUUUUGCCAUAAACUUGAUUUUAUAUGCUAUAUUCUUACCUGUGCCUAUAACUAUGGCAAGAGAUUGUGCCCAUGUCAAGCCAUUGAUAUGUCUCACUGUUUUAAACUGCUGUCUGGAUCCUCUGUUGUAUUACUUCUCUUUUGACGCUUUCUGGAAGAAAAAAGAAGAUGUUGUGUAAAUGAAGUGCACAAAUGGGGAUACCACAAUCUGUGUCACACACUGCUCAGACCUUUUCUUUAGCUGUGUGUGUGUUAUUUUAUAAAUAAAUGUAAUAUAUUUUGUUUUUAAAA